AUGGUGUCAGAAAUAGAGCGAUGUGUGAGACAAGAGACGUGGCUGCUGAGCAAUAACUUGAAGUCUGACGGCGCGAUGGACGGCGCGAUGGACGGCGAGGGGGACGGUUUUCUCGUCGGCUCUGAUAAGUUUAUGGGAGAAGAUGGUUUGUCUCUGUUACUAAGUUUAGAUCACAUGGCGGACGACUUAAGUUCCCUAUUGCUGGCACCGUGGACGCAGGCCAGCGAUCAAAUGACGUCGACCCUUUUGCGAAGCUUCGAGGCCGUUGGAGACCAACUGUACCAGUUCCUGGACGGCCAAAGACCAAUUUAUAACCCAUCGAAUCCACCGAAGCAAAUUUUUGUGAAGAAGACCUUGACUGCUCCCAGCAAAUUCAACAAAGGCUAUCAAGGCAUAUCUAGGUAUCUAGCAGCCGCCCGAACACGGACCCUCGCUGUACAACAGUCCAACUUCUGGCUACCAACUACCGCCGGCAACGCGCUCGCGAUCCCAAGCACCUUCCAAAAGUUUCUUGACAUAGCCACUCUCCACCCUUACGAUCUGGCGUCUAGACUCUGGGGGACCCAGGCGUCUCCGUUGGAGUUUCUACACAGCGAAACAGACUCCAAAGGAAAUGAUUGGAAAGUAGAACAGCAGGCGGCCGAAUAUCGUUCUAGCUAUUGCAGGUUGAUGACACAAGCUGAGACAUCGAUUCUGUUUGAUGUGCCCAUGGAGUUCGUUGGUAUCUGCAUGAUGCAGCAUGGGCUCACACCUUUACCUCAGCAUCCUCUGGUCCUUCCGACACACCCUAUAAAAAAACCACAAUCAAAGGAGAAGUCGUCAGAGAAGAAGUCAUCAGGAGAGCCGGUUACAGGACUGGCGGGAGAACAUAGCAUGUCGAGAGUGCACAGUUUCGGGUCUGGAGGUUUGGCUGAUGCGAAGGGAGCAUUAUGGGAUGCUCUCCGAGCUAUUUCGGGUGCCACGGUUCAAUCGAGUGAAUACCCAUAUCUAUUGAUUGCAAUGGCGAUGGUACAUGACUACUCUGCAUCAACAAGGAUGUACGAGAUGAUGGGCCGGUUGAAACAACGACGCAUUCUAGAAAUGAUGUCAUGGCCAUCUAUAAAACAACAUGGCAUGGUCGCCCAUCUCAUCAGUUUGGUUCGACUUACCAGUCGGGCUGAACCCUGCCCAGCUCUCCUGGCGGAAAUGGAGGACUGGAAAGCAAAAGCAGAAGGCCGAUUUAUCUGGCCCGAUCUGGACCGUACGGUGGAAUUUUGUCGUACGAAAAAUGUGGCGGGCAAAUUGCCAAGGCUGCUUUGUCCCGUUACUGAGCUCUUGCCUAUUACGGAGCUUUCCACUGACCACAAAGGUCGUUGUAUACCGCCUAGUUUUGUGUGUGGCUCCACUUCCCCCUUUUGCGAAAUCGCACAAUCCGCCAUUUUCUUCUCCCUCACCAAUACUGCUCACUGUCAUCUCGCAAACCGUCUGCUGCCAUACCUAAGGAACUGGAAUAUCGUCGCCGAUGGCGACCGCAAAGUGCACAACUGGCUGAAAUAUCUCUAUGGCGAAAUCGGAGACACUCAAAAUAUCUUCGAACUGCUACCGAAAACAAAAAUUGCGGCGGACGCCACUGGGCCCUUCCUCCCGCCACUACAAUGGGACACAGUCGCCAGACACACCGCCACGAACGGCCCACUCCCACCCGUAAAGCUGCACACGCCUUCCGACAAAAGCUCCAGUCUCGAACCUUUGAUCACUUCCGAGCCUGCGGUCGACAAACUCAUCGUCACAUACAAACAGACAUACGGGGGUGCCCUUUUGAGCGUCUGCUUUCGGCGCGUCUGUCUCAAUUGGUAUGUCAUCAACGGACGCAUCUAG